AUGGUAGAGAGAGAAAGACCACGAAGCUCUAAAGAAGAAGACACGUUAGAAAGAAGCAUCAAGAAGUUCAAGGACGUCCACCACAAGAUAGAAACUCCCUCUGAGUUCCUGGGUAAUGGAGAUAAGAUCAAAAGCUAUAAAGACAAGCUAGUUGGAUCGAUACCAGGCACAUAUGAGCAAGCUUUUGGAUUUGACUUUGGCAUGGAGGAGGAGGUGAACUCUGAUGACGAGGAUGAUGAACUUUGUGAAGGUAUGGUUUCCUUUAAAUUUUCGAAAGAUGAAAAAACAAGGAUUUGUGCUCCCCGGGGAAAGGCUAUCAUUGUUAAGAUUUUUGGUCAUAGUCUUGGGUAUUCAUUCUUGGUGGAGAGACUGAGGUCCAUGUGGAAACCUGUUGGUAGGAUGGACUGUGUCAAUGUGGGUCACAAUUUUUUCCUUAUCAAAUUUGAGCUUCAGUCUGACUUGGAUGAGGUGAUCAAGGGGGGGCCCUGGUUUGUUGGUCAGCAAUUCAUAUCUAUCCACCAAUGGGAACUUGAGUUCAAGGCAUCACUUGCUUAUUGUUCGACUGUUACAGUGUGGGUUAGAUUGCCUGAACUUCCUAUAGAGUUCUAUGAACCACCCAUGCUCAAGAAAAUUGGAAAGACCAUUGGUCCAGUCCUCAGAAUUGAUUCUUAUACUUUGAACGGGGAGAAAGGACGUUUCGCGAGGAUUUGCGUUCAGAUAGAUGUCAACAAACCCCUUUUUAGAUCUAUAAAGAUUAGGCGGAUGAUACAGCCGGUGCAAUAUGAGGGCCUUAAUUCUUUAUGCUUUGCCUGUGGGCGUUUGGGUCAUUGGAAGGAUCACUGCCCAAUUGUGAUUAAGAAGCCAAAAUCACCUAUGGAAAACUCAGGGAACCAGACCUCAGAUUCUCCUACACGCAGAGAAGAGUAG